UGCUCUCCUUUUCCUUCUCUUUACUUAACUAGUUGUUUUUCUUACCAUCUCCACCGAGGCAAUAUUUUGGCGAUAAUAGUUCGUCGCCAUCGGUUCGUUGAUACCUCUCUAGGUCGGAUUUGACUGGCUCGGUUGCCUCCAUCUCAGAAUCACCAUGGCUGAACCCGAGGACGUUGAGGAAGAUCUUUUCGCGGAUCUCUAUGAAGCCGACGACAAUACAAGCCAUACCAUACCCAGUACGGAAACUUCAAAAUCUGUCGAUCCUAUGCCCUCGGCUGCACCUAUCAAUCCUUCCCAAAUCCCUAUUCAGUCUGUUGAAACUGGCUCGAUCGAAUUCGAGACGGACGCUUCAUACCAUCACCCGUAUCAAGGAGUCCACCAGAACGGCACGGAUCAUGUAGGUACUGGACGUGCACAUCAUGCCAUGUCUGGUGGUGGUGAAUCCGAGCCUCGAGGCACUGGUAUUAAAGAAGACGGGAAAAUGUUCAUCGGAGGUUUGAACUGGGAAACUACGGAUCAAUCUCUGAAGGACUACUUCUCUCAAUUUGGAGAGGUACAGGAAUGCACUGUGAUGCGAGACAGUGCUACUGGUCGCUCUAGAGGUUUUGGGUUCUUGACUUUCAGAGAUCCGAAGACAGUGAACACUGUCAUGGUCAAGGAGCACUACCUAGAUGGGAAGAUUAUCGAUCCUAAGCGUGCGAUCCCGCGUGACGAGCAAGAGAAGACUAGCAAGAUCUUUGUUGGUGGUGUCAGCCAAGAGGCCAACGAACAUGAUUUUAAAGAAUUCUUUGCUCAAUUUGGCCGCGUCAUCGAUGCCACCCUGAUGAUCGACAAGGAUACUGGUCGUCCCCGUGGCUUCGGAUUUGUGACCUUCGAUAGCGAGGCUGCCGUGGAAGCCGCUCUGUCGGGCCCCUUGGAGAUCUGCGGGAAGCCCAUAGAGGUCAAGAAAGCUCAGCCAAGAGGCAACUUGCGUGAUGAGGAAGACCGCAGGUUCCGCCGCGGCAGGGACGCUUUCCGAGAGGGUGGUCAAAUGGGGGGUGAUGGUUCCCAGCAGCAAGCGGGUGCACCGGGACAGGCCAACAUGGCUGGUGGAUUAACACCACAAAUGAUGGCACAGUACUGGCAAAGGAUGCAGCAGUAUUUUGCUUUGAUGCAACAGCAGAUGGCUGUCGCCGCCGCUCAGGGUCAGGGAAUGGGCGGAAUGGGAAUGGGUGGAAUGAACCCUGCCAUGAUGCAGCAAAUGCAACAAAUGAAGCAGAUGCAACAGAUGCAGAUGGGCAACAAUCAGCCUCAAGGCAGUCUCAGUCCUCCUUCGCAGAGCGCAACUCCUCAAGCCAUGCCGAACAUGAUGAACCCCGCUAUGAUGCAGCAAAUGCAACAGAUGCAGCAGAUGCAGAGCCAAGGGCAGGGCAGCAACGUCGGGGGCAUGCCGGCCCAAAUGGGAAAUGCUAUGGGAGGAGGAGGAGGUGGUGGUGGUGGUGGUAGUGGUAGUGGUGGAGGAACACCAGGCAGUGCUAAUGGAAAUGGGAACUUUACUGGUCCUCGAGGGGGGCCUGGUUAUAACGCCCAGGAACAAAUUGCUUUUGAACAGCAAAAGUAUGAGCAGCAGCAGGUACGCCGAGCCAUGGAAAACCGGGCCUUUUCGCCGUACCAACAGGGCGGGCCCACUUCGUGGGAAGGCAUGUACGAUGAAGUGCCCCAGCCUAACAUUCCUACUGGACCCCAGGCCAUGAAUCGUGCUGGAAGCAUGGGACGCGGACCCACUCCGCAACCUCAAAGCGCUGCCCCGGCGAACGCUCCCACAGGACCCAAGAACGCUGGCAAGCCAGGCGCCAAUUAUCGUGGAGGUGGACGAGGAGGACACCGCGGCUUCCAUCCCUAUGCCCGGGGAUAAGCCGGUAUCCUUCUUUUGUGUGUGCGAAUAGGUGUAUCGUUCUGCUGUCGUCUCUUUCCGUUCUCUUGUUACUGUCAUGGUUUUGGUCCUCCUCCCAUCAAGUUUUCCCGCCUCCCCUAUUGCAACUGCUGCUGCCUUUCGUAACAAUGGGGGGAUGGGUCUAUCUUAUCUCAUACUCAUAGUAUGACCAUUACAACGGUUGGUGAGGGGAGGCGACGUCCUGCCAUCAUUGAUGAUGUCUAAUGUAACUUUCCGAGUGAUGCUUUCAUUCAUUUUCCCUCUCAUGGCUGCUUUUUACCCCCUGUCGAAGUCUGGAGUCUCCUCGGCGGAAGGUUUCAUCGAACCAGAAAAACCAAGAGUCGGUGUUGUUGCAUAUAAUCUAAAUUGGCGUUACCCUCAGUACUUCUUAUGUCAAC